CAAUAAAAAUGUUAAACGUAACUUUAAAACAAAUAUCUUGAUGUCACUUUUGUUGCAUCUACUACACACACACAAACGAAUCUGCAUCAGUCACUGUAAAUAUCUGAUAAGAUUUCAGAUAUGUACCUAAAUUUUCCAGUUUGGUGACAGCUUCGCAAACGCGUCGGGUUCACAACAAGAAGUAUUUGUGCGUGGUGGGCGUGGCUUGCCACAGAAACGUCACACGUAGUACCGUCUGCCGUCAGUCACCGGCUGUCGCUAGGAUACCGUGGAUGCCUCCAGUUCCGGAGUGUACGGUACAAGUUUACGGUGAAUCUAUUUUGAGUGAGUUAUGGCAAAAUCGCCCUCUGAACCGAUAACAAUGCCUUCCUCCGGACGCUGGGACUGGAACGAUGAAACAAAAACCCUGGAGUUCAUACGUUUCGAAGCCAAAGAAGAGGUGAAGGAGAAGAAAAAAACAAACACAUCUAAAUCCCAAGGGCAGUCCAGAAAGCCUCUGGAGAAGUGGCAAACGAAUACGGUGCGUCCCGCUCAACUGGAAGCCUUCAAGACCUCAAUAAAACACUCACAAAUGGACUGCGUCACGAUUCAGGAUGUUAAAUUGGCAGCAGUCUGUUUGCUGCAUAAGAACGACAGGUUUCCCAUUCCUCCACGCUUCCUGUCCAUGCUAAAGAGCAAAGAGCUGGAUGAGCUUCUCGCCAAUCUCCUGCUCUACUUUUCUUGCUACUUUGAGAAGAGAGCUCUGGAGGAGAAGCCAUCGUUUGUCAUAGCCGGGCCGUCAUUACUCAGUGACUCUGAGACGCAGAUGACUGCUAAGCUGGAGCUAGCACAAAGACAGCUUGCCGUCUGUUACUUCAGGCUGCAGCUGAAGCUGUUGCCUCAUCAGCACCAAAUUUCUGACAGAAUCAGGAUGUCCUUAAACGCAUCCAUUGACCGUGACAUGCAACUAAAUGAGUGUCUCCUCAGCUUUUACAGCUAUGCUGCAUGGGUGACCUUUGAGAGGCGGGGCCUAAAGGGCAUUCGGAUGGAGAUCGGACGCUUGUUUGGCUCAAACAUGUUUAACCCCGCACUGAAUGAAUCAAAAAAAGGAUCGAAAGACCAGGAGAGUUCACAGAAGAGUCAGUCUAAGGUUCUGAACUCCCGACAAACAUCACUGAGUAACUGGAAGUCAAACCGUCUUCCUCCCAUGAACAAAAUCAUAACCCAGCGUUCCCCGCUGAUGGUUUCUCUGCUGCCUACUCCACAAGAAAAGGCCCCUCACCUGUUUGAGCGCUUCAGAGGUCCUAAAGUGCCCUCGACUGAAGACUGUGAUUCGGAGGCGGUGAUGGAGGAGCUCAAAGAGCAGCUUAAAGAGCAGCUGAAGUCUCUCAGCUUUGGAAUCCUUGGAAAGCCUCUGAGCCAGUUCAGCUCCGAGACACUGAAGCCUCAGGAAGGGCCGAGUGAAGAGGAGACUGAGAACGAGGAAGACGAGGGUAGUAACAGCGAAGUGGUGAGCGCUGACCCACGCGGCCUCAUCAGGAGUAACAAGACCUCGCUCACUGGCCAGAGAUCGCUCACCACAGCUGCAGACAGACGCAUGCGCUCUAGCCGAGCUGACUUGGUCUCCAGAGCUACCACUGAAGCGCUGUCCUCAGACACAGAAUACAUCUGAAAAACACUUGAAACUGGCUCGUGUUGUUUGUGUGUUUUAUAUCAUGAAAUUUGCUUUUGUGUUGCCCUGGUUAUCAUCUGCUGUGCUGUACAUGGGGGUUGUUGGCUAUAAUCAUAUCUAAUAAUGAGAAAUAACAAUAUGGCCACUAGAUGGCACUUUUCAAUAUUGUUUUUCAGUUCAAGCCUCUUAAUAGUUGUGCAUCAGAUUAAAAAAGUGUGCCAGAAGAAAAAAUAGCCAUAAAAAAAAUUAUAUAAUAAUUAAUACAUAUUAUGUUUUUCCACUUUCACUGACAUUAACCAUUUAAAUGCUAGUUUAUUAGGGAUUAUUGCAGUCUUGGAUAAAUCAGUGAUUAGAUACAACAUUGAUUUUGAUGAAUUAUUGUUUUCAUUAAUGCAUUAAUUAUUCAUUUUUUUUGAUGCAGUGUCAAACUACCAUUCACACAUGCACAUAUUUCUCAACAAACACAUACAACCACACUCUGAUGUACUGCACAUAACACCACACAAUUAUAAUUACAUCAUUUAAUUUACACAGACAAAAAGCCAGUUAUUUGCUCCAAAGACCAAACCUGAGAAUAUGGUGCUAUCAGCAGAUGGACAAUAGGAAUGAAUGAAUUAAUGCAUUACAAAUUUUGAAGCUCUGAUAACCAAAUGAAAGCCUUUAACAAAGAAUGCAUAGGUUUAUGCUUAAUUGGCAUUGGUAUUAAAUAUUGCCGUUUCAGCGGGUGUCAGUGUGGCC